AUGGACACCAAAAUCAUUCAUGUCUCCAGGAUAGAUCCUUGGCUCCAGUGCUUCAUGCCAAACCUUCCAGCCCUGAGAUGUAGGGCACAAGUCGGAACGUUCCAGAACCAAGUUCCUCUGCUGCCAGGAGAGACCAUCCACACUACUGUCAAGGAUGUGCUGUAUAUCUGUCCAUUCAGUGGUCUGGUUAAUGGGACCCUAACCAUCACAGACUACAAGCUCUACUUCACCAGUGUGGAAAGGGAGUCUCUGUUCAUUCUUGAUGUUAACCUGGGCGCCAUCAGCAGACUGGAAACUAUCAGUGUUCCCACCCAGGGAGAGAACACCAAAGGACUUGAACUGGUCUGCAAGGACAUGAGAAAUCCCAGGUUUGCCUAUAAAACAGAGGAGAGCCAUCCAGAUGUGGUUGAGUCGCUGGCUAAACAUGCCUUCCCUCUCUCCCACAACCUGCCUCUGUUCGCUUUUCUUUACAAGGAGCAAUAUCCUGUGGACGGCUGGAAGGUGUAUGACCCAGCAGCUGAGUACAGGCGCCAGGGUCUCCCUAACGAGAGCUGGACAAUUAGUAAGAUCAACAGCACCCAUGAACUGUGUGACACCUACCCCUCCAUCCUGGUCAUCCCCACCAACAUCAUAGAUGAAGACAUCAAACGCGUUGCUGUGUUCAGAGCUAAGCACCGCAUACCGGUCUUGUCCUGGAUCCAUCCAGAGUCUCAGGCCACCAUUGUACGAUGCAGCCAGCCCUUAGUUGGACAUUCAGAUCGUCGCUGUAAAGAGGAUGAACGCUUAUUCCAAAUCAUCAUGGAUGCAAAUGCCCAGUCCCAUAAACUCACCAUCUUUGAUGCCCGGCAGGGUAGCGUGGCAGUCACCAACAAGUCGAAGGAUGGAGGGUAUGAGAGUGAAAGUUUUUAUCCAAAUGUGGAGCUGAACUUUCUAGAAAUCCCCAACAUCCAUGUCAUGAGAGAGUCACUGAGGAAGAUGAAGGAUGUGGUUUAUCCCACCAUAGAUGAAGCUCACUGGCAUUCUGCUAUUGACCAGACACACUGGUUGGAGUACAUACGGCUUUUAUUAGCGGGAGCAGCAAAAAUAGCUGAUAAGAUAGAAUCUGGGAAGACAUCGGUGGUGGUACACUGCAGCGAUGGCUGGGACAGAACUGCUCAGCUCACCUCUCUGGCCAUGCUGAUGCUGGACAGCUACUACCGCACACUCAGAGGAUUCCAGGUUCUGGUGGAGAAGGAGUGGAUUAGUUUUGGACACAAGUUUGCUGCACGUGUGGGUCACGGUGAUGAGAACCAUGCUAACUCUGAGCGUUCUCCCCUCUUCGUUCAGUUCAUCGAUUGUGUUUGGCAGAUGACUCGACAGUUCUCAGCAGCGUUUGAGUUCAAUGAGCUGUUCCUGAUCACAGUGCUGGACCACCUCUACAGCUGUCUCUUUGGUACAUUCCUUUAUAACAGUGAAGCAGAGAGGAUAGACAAGGAGGUGCAGACCAAGACUGUGUCCUUGUGGUCCUACAUUAACAGCCAGCCGGAGGACUUCACCAACCCCUUCUAUGUGGACUAUGAGCACCAUGUUCUGUAUCCACUUAUUUCCUCGAGACACCUAGAGCUGUGGACCAGCUACUAUGCUCGCUGGAACCCGCGCAUGAGACCACAGGUGCCAGUACACCAGAAUCUGAAGGAGCUGCUGUUUCUGAGAUCAGAGUUGCAGAGGAGGGUGGAAGAGCUGCAAAGAGAGACAUCCUCCCACUCCCUGUCCUCCUCCGAGCACCCCUCCUCCCCUACGCAUUCCACAGGAACUCCACUGCACACUGCUGUUUGAUACACACACACACAAAUACACAGGGUAUGAUCCCCCUGCUGUGGAUAUAUCUGUAAGACACAGAUAUAUCCACAAAAGUAAAUUGGCUUGCAUGCCAAUUUACCUUUAAAACACCUGGAGUGGAAUCAGUUGAAUGUUUGAUCUCCACCCGAGUCAGGGUGCUGUGAGAUUUAAGAAAAGGCUGUCCUCCCACCUCCUGGUGUGCAUAUUUUUUGCGGUUCAAUGUCUCUGUUAAGGUGUUGCAGAGGUCCAUUGCUGACAGGCUUUCUGAACCUAAGCAUUUUUUUGUUUAUUUAUCAUAAAAAACAUACAUCAACAGCAAAAAUAAUUAAAUCAUGAUUACCAUCAACAAUGUACUAGAGCAGAACUUGAAAAUAAAUUUAUAAGAUUUAUAAGAGAAAGAAAUAUAGAUAAGGUGUCAAAACAUUUGAAGAAAACAAAUGUCCAAAAAUAUUUGUCCUCAAAGUGGUUUGCAAAAUUUAAAAUUGAAUGGGUUUAAAGUUUGAAAAUGUACCAACAUGUAGAUAAGGUGUAUUGAAAGGAGUUAGAGUUAGUAUGUUAGUUUAAACAAAUGGGCUUUAAGAGCAGUUUUACAUUUUGUAAUAGAGUCCAGUUUGUAGACGUGGUGAGAAAGGGAGUUCCAGAGGUUGUGUGCAGCAUGAGAGAAGGCCCUGGCACCCAUUGUGCUGAGGAUAAUGGUUGGUACUGUGAGUCGAUCUGCUGAUGAAGACCAUAGGGGGCAAGAGGGUGAUAAAUUAUGAAUGGCUUUUAAAAUUAACAGAAGGGUUUAGAUUUUGAUGCAUGUGAUACAGGGAGCCAGUGUAUGUGAACAAACAGAGGAGUGAAAUGUUCAGUGGAUUUUGUACAUGAAAUGAUCUGAGAUGCAGAAUUUUGGAUGAGUUGGAGUCGGUGAAUCAGUUUGUUGGGGAUGCCAGUGAGAAUUGUGUUGCAGUAAUCAUCAGUAAUGUGUUGCAAACGCGCGACGUGACCAGGGCAAAUUAAAGAGAACUUCUGUGGAGUGCUUGUUAUGGCUGGGUUUAAUCUGGAGAUGCUUCGUAAACUGAAAAAGUCAGAGUACUGUCCAUGAUGACACAGAGGCUCCUAACCUAUGUGGAGAUGGGUAUGAGGUAUGGGGAGUUAGCGGAUAUCAGUUUAUGAAGGGUGAUUGUAAUUCUUUGAAGAGGUCAUUGUUCUUGAGGUAGAUUUGAAGUUGAAAUGUACCUACUUUUGUAAGGAUUUUGGAAAUAAUUGGUAGACUAGAUAUGGGCCAGUUGUUGUUUUGGUCGUUGGAGUCUAGUCCAGGUUUUUUUAGGGUUGGUUUGAUUAUUGCAACUUUGAGUUGCCAUCAGGAGGAAGGAAAUGAGAAAUGAGGGCAAACGUGCUUUAACUGGGAUUGUAGGGAUUGGAUCCAGGUAGCAUGUAUAAUUUUUGUAUGAAAGAAUAUAACAUGAAGUCUCAUGAAGAUACCAGCAUUCUGCAUUGUUGGACAGCUGUUUCUCCCCUCUCUAAUACCUAAACAGUUCCUUACUGUUUUCCUGUAUUUGUCUAAAAAAACUUUUAUAUAAUUACAUAUAAUUUGGCCUUUUCACAUGUCAACCAUGUCUCUGGUUCCACAUAAAGUUUGAUUUGUAAUUGUUUGUCAUCAUUGCUGACCACUUUCUACCUUUGCUUCAAUAAAUACUAUAAAUGGUACUGUC